AAAGAAAGUUUAUGGCUCCCAAUUUGGAGAAAAUGUGUUUAAUUUUCUUUAGCUUACAAAUGUAGACAUUUCCGGGAACCAGGAAGUCGCAUAGUGACGUCAUACCAGGAAGUGUAGCCAGUACCAGCGCUACCCCGAGUUGCACAUCUUUUCUUUUUUUUCUUUUUUACUACUUUUUUAUUUAUUUAACAUUUUAACACCGAUUUGUAUUCAAUGUAGUUUGAUUAAAAUAGGCUGCUACGCUGAUGGAUCGAAAGAACUUUGUGGAUAUGGACACAAAGAAAGAGGAGGAUGCGUCUCCUGAAGAGUGGGUCGCGCUGUGUGACUUUACAGGAAGCGGCUCUGAGCAGCUGAGUUUCUACACAGGAGACAGGCUGCUUGUCCUCUCCAAGUCUUCUGCAGACUGGUGGUGGGCGGAGCUGCAGGGGGUCACGGGUUAUGCUCCGGCCAGAUACCUGCGCGAGGACACCGCCGAUGAGGAAGAGGAUGCUUCUAUAGAGGACCCGUGGCAGGAUGAAGAAUACUAUGGAAGCUACGGGACACUGAAGCUUCACCUGGAGAUGCUGUCCGACCGGAGCCGCACUGAAACGUACAGACAGGUCAUUGUCAGUAACAGCGCCUCCCUGAGGAACAAGGUGGUGAUGGACCUCGGCUGUGGGACGGGCAUCAUCAGCAUGUUCUGUGCUCAGCUGGCGAAACCCUCAGCGGUGUAUGCUGUGGAGGCGAGCUCCAUGGCAGACUACACCGGACAGCUGGUGAAGCACAACGGCUGUGAGGACGUGGUGACGGUGAUGAAGGGACGAGCCGAGGAGCUGGAGCUGCCCGAGCAGGUGGACGUCCUGGUGUCUGAGUGGAUGGGGAACUGCCUCCUGUUUGAGUUCAUGGUGGAGUCGGUUCUGGUUGCCAGGGACCGCUGGCUCAAAGAUGGAGGUGUAAUGUGGCCCUCCUCGGCAGCCCUCACUCUAGUUCCAUGUCAGGCCAGAAGCUACUACGCAGAGAAAAUGUCCUUCUGGGAGCGGCCCUAUGGCCUGGACUUCACACCUCUUCAGUCUUUGGCACAGCAAGAGUUCUUCAAUAAGCCUAAAUUCAGCCACGUCAUCGAGCUUAACGACUGUCUUGCUGCUCCGUGUGACGUGAUCAGCAUGGACAUGUAUGCCCUGCAAGUGAGAGACCUUGAGGAAAUGAGGGGGGAGUUUCAGUUUUCCGUGGAAACGUCUGGGCUCUUCCAUGGAUUCACAGCCUGGUUCUCUGUUCAUUUUGAGAGCCUGGAGACCGGAGGCACAACAAUAGAGCUAAAUACUGGGCCAAACUCAGAGCCGACCCACUGGAAGCAGACUCUUUUUAUGCUGGACGAGCCGGUCAGUGUGUUUUCUGGAGACUCCAUCACCGGAACCAUCGGCCUGCACAGGAACCCCAUCUGGAGACGGCACAUGACCGUUACUCUACAAUGGAACAUCCGCGGCCAAACUGAGGAGGCAGACAGUUUCCAGGGUGGGAAAAAAAGCUUCCCAAUGUGGAGGUGACAGACUGAACGUGACCACCAAGAAACGGUCUUCAACUCCAUGCUGCUGCACAGAAGAGCCCCUGGCGGGACAUCUG